AUGCCCAAAGGAGGUAAAAAAGGGGGCCAUAAAGGCCGAGCACGGCAGUACACAAGCCCAGAAGAGAUUGAUGCCCAGCUGCAGGCUGAGAAACAGAAGGCCAAGGAAGAGGAAGAGGAGCAAGAGGAAGGAGGCCCCGGGGCUUCUGGCGAACCCAAGAAGAAGGAGAAGUCGCUAGAUUCGGAUGAGAGCGAGGAAGAAGAGGGCGAAGACUAUCAGCCAAAGCACAAAGGAGUGGAAGGCAUGAUCGACAUUGAAAAUCCCAACCGCGCGGUGCCAACCGCUAAGAAGGUUACUCAGCUCGAUAUGGAGAGCCCGCGGGAAUUGUCGCGGAGAGAACGAGAAGAGAUUGAAAAGCAGAAAGCCAAGGAAAGGUACAUGAAGAUGCACCUGGCGGGGAAAACGGAACAGGCAAAGGCCGACCUCGCCCGGCUAGCCAUUAUCCGGAAACAGAGGGAAGAGGCAGCCAAGAAGAAGGAAGAGGAGAGAAGAGCUAAAGACGAUGCAGCCCUGACAGGCAAGCGGAUGCAGUCGCUGUCCCUCAACAAGUAAAAGGCCGGCCACCCAAAGAGGAGG